AUGAAUUAUAAAAUAAAUUUUAUUUAUGUUCAGAUUUUUGUGAGAAUUAAUUAAAAGAGCUCGUAAUUAAUGUUUAUAAAAUAUAUACUAAAAAUUCCCUAAUAUAAUUUCUAUUCAAUAUUGGCAAAGUUAUAAUUAAGUUUGUGUUAAAUUUUUGGUAAUGAUCAUAUGAAUCAUCAUCAUUAUGUAAAAAGAAGAAAUAAAUAUUUUUGUUUAGUCUCCUAUCAUUUUUAUUCAAAUAUGAAGUCAUAUAAUAAUCAACACUUGAGUAAAAUAAAUUAAAAAUGUAUUAUGAGCAUUUAAUACAGGAUCAUUCAGAUUAUUAGACAUAAACAAAUUCCAAUGUAUUUAUGGUAAACAUGCUGA